UGUAUGUUUUUCCUGGAGGUUAGCGCCUACUUUCCUAAUGGCUAGCUGCGAAUCACCGUAGCUCAGCCAGUUAAACGCAGUUUGCAUGGCAGUGUACAGCUAGGUCGAACUGCAAGACUGAAAACUCAUUAAACACACUCAGCUUGGCGUGUUUCAGUCGUUUUAUCAAGCCAUGUAGGUAGGAUACGACGCGUGAAGAGUAACAUUUACAAACAUUGAGUCAGUGUUGCGUGUUGUUGACUGCCACUUUCAACCAAAACAAUGUUGACAGACGACCUGUGGACACAUACCUACGAUCAGUCAUUUCAAGGAUGGAUGAAGGAGGAGUGAAGAAGAUAACAUAUAGAAGAGAUGACCAUUUAAGCAAAUUGGUCUACACAGAAAGCCCUGAGGAGGGAGGUCUGUUGAAAGUGGCUCCUCACAGUGCCAUGUCCGUCACCUCUGCCACCCCUGUCAUUCUACCAUCCAGCCCGUUGAUGCAGCCAGGACAGGUGCCUAACGGCCUCAGCAAUAGCCCCCUUCCAGAGGAGCUCACCUCCACCUCUAUCACUGCCAUUGUAGGCCCCUUGUUGGAAGACCCAGAGCCCAGGGGCCUGACCAAAGAUCAGAGGCCUCAGCAGCAGUUUGUCCAGACACAGACUUCCACUACGUUUGGCCGUCAAACCUUGAGGGAAAAUUUGGCCCAGUUGGAGGCCAGUAUAGCAGACAUUACACAGUCCUCCAUGGAUUCACUUAUUGGAGGAUCACAUCCUAACUUCUUUCACAUGAAAACAGAGGAUUUCUCCAUGGAUAAAGGAGACCAGGACCCCAUUGACCUCGAUCGUGCCUUUGAGCACACUGGGAAAGAUGUGGACGUGAACCAGAAAUUGUUCAGUGACAACACUCUGGACCUGCUCCAAGACUUUGAGCUCACUGGGUCCCCCUCAGAUAUUUAUUUAGGGGAUGAUGCCUUCCUGUCCUCUCUGGCAGACGAGUCUCUGCUUGGGGAUGUUAGCUCAGACAGGGACAUAAAGCCCUCCAUGGUUGAGAGCAUUAACGGCAGUGAGGCAGUCUCUGUGGCUCUCAAUGGCAGCAAUAUGACAAGUCCAGAUCAGUCCAGCCCUAGCAUAUCCACCACUACCUCCUUAACCCCUACAACCACUAUGUCUACAUUGGUGAAGAAAGAAAAAGAUGCUGGCUUCAUUCAGCUCUGCACCCAAGGUGUGAUCAAACAGGAGAAGACGUCUGCAGGCCAGAGUCAUUGCCAAUUGAGUGGCACGUCCUCCACAGACAUGUCCAACUCUAACCCCAUCUCCAUCUGUGGGGUCAGCACUUCAGGAGGACAAAGCUUCCACUUUGGAGUCAACCCCAGCAGCAAUGAAACUCAGCAGCAGAACGAUCAGAAGCCAGUGUCCAACCUGUAUCUCCCAUUAACGACCAUUGGUGGGCCCUGGAACAGAGGCCAGGGUGUUGGGGACAACUUGGCAAUGCACAGGCCCAGUGAGGCUUUCUCAAGUUCUCACUCUUACCCCACCAGCUUUGCCAGUGCUAUCUCCAGACAGGAAGGUGUCACCGCUACAUCCUCGGCACAGGGAAAGAGUGGGACUCAUAAAAUCUGCCUGGUGUGCUCUGACGAGGCUUCAGGCUGCCACUACGGCGUUCUCACCUGUGGCAGCUGCAAGGUCUUCUUUAAGAGAGCAGUGGAAGGGCAGCAUAAUUACCUGUGUGCUGGGAGGAACGACUGCAUAAUAGACAAGAUCAGGAGGAAGAACUGCCCGGCCUGCCGCUUCCGCAAGUGUCUAAUGGCAGGCAUGAACCUGGAAGCGCGCAAAACCAAGAAGUUGAACCGCUUAAAAGGCGUCCAGCCGAGCAACCCGCCCGAGCUGACUCCUUCUCCGCCACUUGAGGCUCGAUCCCUUGUACCCAAGUGCAUGCCUCAACUCGUUCCCACCAUGCUGUCCCUGCUGAAGGCCAUCGAGCCAGACACCAUCUACGCCGGCUACGACAGCACCCUGCCUGACACCUCCACCCGCCUCAUGACCACCCUCAACAGGCUGGGUGGCCGACAGGUCAUCUCUGCUGUCAAGUGGGCCAAGGCUCUGCCAGGUUUCAGGAACUUGCACCUGGAUGACCAGAUGACUCUGCUGCAGUGCUCCUGGCUCUUCCUCAUGUCUUUCGGUCUGGGCUGGAGGUCUUACCAGCAGUGCAAUGGCAACAUGCUCUGCUUUGCACCAGACCUCGUCAUCAACGAGGAGCGGAUGAAGCUGCCCUACAUGACCGACCAGUGUGAGCAGAUGCUGAAGAUUUCCAGCGAGUUUGUCCGGCUGCAGGUUUCCCACGACGAGUAUUUGUGCAUGAAGGUCCUGCUGUUGCUCAGCACAGUGCCAAAGGACGGCUUGAAGAGCCAGGCGGUGUUCGACGAUAUUCGGAUGUCGUACAUUAAGGAGCUGGGGAAAGCCAUCGUGAAGCGCGAAGAGAACUCCAGCCAGAACUGGCAGCGUUUCUAUCAGCUCACCAAGCUGCUCGACUCCAUGCACGAGAUGGUCGGUGGACUGCUCAGCUUCUGCUUCUACACCUUUGUGAAUAAAUCUCUGAGUGUGGAGUUCCCGGAGAUGUUGGCAGAGAUCAUCAGCAACCAGUUACCAAAAUUCAAGGCCGGGAGCGUCAAACCUCUCCUCUUCCACCAGAGAUGACUUUGCCCGUAACAGACACAAUGCCUUAAAAUUCCACCAUAUCAUCACCCCCCCCACACACACACACACACACACACACACACACACACACACACACAACACCCCGCCCACCCCCACCCCCACCCUGAGGAGCGACGAUAAAAGGACCCGAGGAUCCGAGGCGAGGAGUGACUGAUGUUUUUGGGAACAAGUAUGCAACUUUGUGUAGUGGCUUACGGGUCUGGAGGGAGAGAGCGGAGAGACUAGAGAUGUUAGUGUAGAAACCAGACAGCUAGGGCAGAGGUUUCGUUUUGUUGAGAAGUAUUGUACAAGUAGGAAGUGUUUGUAAGAUAAAAGAUAAUCACAAAGACAAGUAGGCUAACCAUCCAUGUUGUCUCAGGUUUCUUACCUUCAAAUACAGAACGAUACCUAAAAUAGAUAAAACAAAUAUCUAUGUACAGGUUCUGAUAGUAUUUUCUACAUUUUCAAAUUGUAACAGUUUAUACAAUUUUCCAGGUCGUCGUUACCUGGGAAGGUAACAAAGCUUAAUUAAUAACAUGCUCUUAAGUAGGCUUUUAGACUGUAUGUUCCUGUUUAAGUUUUUAUAGGAGGUUGUAACAAAAUGUUUAUCAGUCACAUGGGAAAAAAACUGUUUUGCAGUCAUUUAAAAAGCAUAUUUCAUUGCUUUAAUUGAUACUUUGGACGUUUGAACAAUUCUGUUGGAUUGUUGAUCGACGUGCACCAUUCAAAGGAUGAUUUCUCCCACAAGCCGACCUCUUCCAGGUUUACACACAUCUGUUAUAAAAGGGAAAAAAAUAUGUGCCUUUUUAGCUUCAAAUAUCAUCUUAGCCAUUUCUUCCGACCUGUCCAAGGCAUGCUUCUCUUUAACCCAUCGUGGUCUACCUUCAUCAUACGUUGAUUGUACUUUUUAUGUUACAUGCAGUUGCAAGUCUUCCUUUUUUUUCAAUGGCUUUAGAAGUGGCAGCUGAGUCCAUUCUCCGUGUGUAGAAAUGAUCCUUAUCAUUACGAAAGAAUAUUCAAAGCCCGCACACUCAACUCCUCCAAGUGCGAUUCGAGUACUUUGUACCCUGCUAAAGGCUUUAAAAGACUGAAGAAAGACUGUUAUGCUGUGCCAGUCUUUAAUAUAGGACUUUAGAUGGAAGUUAACCUUUUCUGUUAGGAAAUAGUCCAAUGUUUAUUUUAGCCCCCACUCCUGCCCCAAUAGUCUAAUAAUGGAAUGUGAUAGAUACCUGCGUCUACCAAUCAGAGAAGAUGGGGCAUAUUUUAUUGUGUUUGCAAGAUUGUCAUUUUUAAUUAAUCAGGAAAACUAAUUUGUAAGUUCUAACAUGGCUCAAACUGGUUGGAAGAUAAUAGCCCUUAAUUUAUUUUUAGUCUGUUUUGUAAAACCGACAAACAGGCAGUCAUGAUUCUGCCACUGAUGAUCCUUCUUUGACAGUAAAUCCAUGCUCUCAAUUAGCAUCUAAUUUGCAUGAUUAAUUAUUGAAAGCCUUUGCAUUUUUGCUUUGCUGUAUUUGUUAAAGGAAUAGUUUAAUAUUUUGGGAAACAUGCUUUCUUGCCGAGAGUUAGAUGAAGAAGAUUGAUACCACUCGCAUGUCUGUAUGCUAAAUAUGUAGCUGGAGUCAGUAGCCAGUUAGCUUAGCUUAGCAUAAAGACUGGAAACUGGGGGUAAAAAGCUAGCCUGGCUCAUGCUAAAGGUAACACAACCUGCUUACUAUCACCUCUGCAGCUCAGCAAUACACAUAUCUUGUUUGUUUAAUGAACACAAAAACUUUAGAACAACAAUUCUGUGUUUUACGGGGAUCAUGUGUCUGACUAUUUCGUAGCCAGGACCAGUUGCCAGGCAACCAGCGGAGACUCCAGGAAGUUACUGGUCCCUUAACGCUAAGCUAACUGGCUUCUGGUUGUAGCCUCAUAUUUAGCGUACAGACGUGAGAGUGGCAUCAGUUUUCUCAUCUAACUCAACAAGAAAGUAAAGAAGAGGAUUUCUCAAAAUGGCAAAGUAUUCCUUUUAAAAUGAACGGUUUGUAUGAUAGACAGCUUGUGUAUACAGCACUUUGGAUCAGGCAUUGGCAGAUUCAUCACCCUUUAAACCUCCCACAGCUGCUGAAAACCUUUGACCCCUUCUGUUUAACCCUUCUGCUCCUCAGAGGGAAAACCAGAAAAUAUGAUCCAGUUGCACCAAAAUCUGUGAAUAAAAUUGUGUUUUUGUACAGUAAUCAGUGAGGCCCGGCCCUCAAACACUCCGCUCUGGCGGCGUCUUAUCAUUUUUCCAACCUAAUUCUUGUCUCAUUUGUGGUCUGAUAAACAGUAAAUUCAUCAAAUUCAGGUUAAAAACAACAACGCAUUUGGUUUUUGCAAACGGAAAUGAUGUAGAGCGCGGAAGUGCGAUACGGUCAGUGGUCACUCAAGACGCAUUAUAAUGCCAGGUGUGAACUGCCAUACUUGGAGCUGUCCAUUUGUGAUCGGGUCACUCAAGAUGCAUGUUAAUCCCAGGUGUAAACCGGGCCUAUGUGGCUUUAGUACAUUUGCAUGUUUGUUUGUCUGUUAGGUGGUCAAGCCCCAAUGUUUGAAAGCACUGUCGACUCAGAGUCACAGUGAAAGUGCAGCGUCACUGACUGGGGAGGCAGGAAAAAUCAAUCCUUUAUUCUCUGGGAACUAUUUCAGUGCCAAACUCCCAUUUUGUCUGUUUUCAGUGAUGCUGAAAGCGGGUCAGUGUUUGUAUCAGAAGAGGAAACAAGUCUCAGUAUUUAAGCGUAUAAAUGUAUACAAAUAGAUUUUAAAAAAGGUCCUGAAUUGUCUGCGCUUCAGUCCACUGGAUUGAGAUCAUUGGGUGAUAACUGAGCUGUAUUUGCAACACUCACAAAAGUGUUGUGUGUUUGAUCACACAGAAUAAUGUAGGUCUGUCAGUGUCCCUUUAUCUGUGUUGUGUGUAAGUGGGAAUUUGAAAUGUGCUGCAACAUUUUCAUGUGCUUAGUUUGUUCAUCAGUGUGUUUCAUGACCCUGACAUGUUUGUGUUUAAAGCACAAAAUAAUCCAGGUUUUUGACAUGAAUGUGAAACUUAAAGAGGAAUUAAUUUAGUUUAAAAGAAAUGCUCCUGACGAGGUGAUGUCCUGCCAGUUUAAAAUAACUGGAGAAAUAUGUCAAGCGACUACAAAGGCCUCACAGGUGCAUUUAAUAUGGAAAAUGUCAAAUUGUUCUGCUGUUGGUCUGUUGCUAAACUAUCCCAACAAAUAUAAAAGCACUAAUUAUACAUCUUGAACCGUGCUCAGGUUGUUCAAAUUUGAUGUCUGAUUCACACAGUAUGUGGUCCAUGUUUAGUCGUUUGUGUCCUGACUUGAAGAACCAAAAGCAUUAAGUUUGGAUUCCCAAAAUGUGUCUGCUUCUGUGAUUUAUGGUGUUUAGUUUUUUGUUAGGAAAAAAAGUUCACUUGACAGAUUAGGAAAGUUUCAGGAAUGUGCUGCCACGGUCGUCAUUCAUAACCAGGCUCAGAAAAAGGAUACUUUAUUUUUCUUUCUGAGGUUUAUUCAGAAUAGUUUAAAACCACCUUCAUUAACUGCAUAGUGGUUACUCAUGGGUUACUUUCACAUUCAGUGUAUCCAAAUCGCUGCUGCUGCUGCUGCUGCUGUUCAUUUAAACAGGUAUAGGUAUACACACACACAUAUAUAUAUAUUAUAUAUAAUAUAUAUAAAAUUGCACACUUGCCUCUUGCUCAAAAAUGUAUCCUAGCUUACGUUCUUGUACAUUUUUGAGGACAACUGAAUAUGCAAUAGAAACGACAGAUAAUCUAUCACCAUCACAUAAGAUGUGGUUCCUUUUUUUUUUUUUCCGUUCCAGUAUAAGCUAUUUGCAUACAGGAGAUUCACAUUUAACUUUAUCUCUGCAGGCCAGAUUUUCAGGAAAAGAUACACUUAGUCAGUAAUAGUCUACCAAGACUGCACAAAAAAAGCCUAUUUUUUUGUUUGACUACAAGGUGACCAAAGCAAGUACAGACAAAUUCAACGUAUGUCAGUGUAAACUAAGUAGCUCCUACAAGACAAAUGUACAGUUCGUUUGUUUUGGUUUCGUUGUUUGGUUUUUUAAACACUUUUUUUCAAAUUGUGUAAUACUGUGAAUAGGAUAAGAGUCAGUCUUUUUCACACACGACCUGUUUGUGAAAGUAAUCAACCAGCUUGAAUCUAAAAAGAUUUGCACUACCCAAAUAUUGUUUGAAAAUCUAUUUUGUAUAAAACAUAUGCAGACAUUAACUUUUGAGAAUUAUCAAGGGCAGAUCAUAUUUCACUGGUAUACGCUUUCUCAAAAAAAAAACAUUAGUUUUGCUCAAAUUUUUUUGAAUAUGUACAUAUAAUCCAUUGUAAAGAAAAUGUGGUGUAUUUGUCUCCAAAUAAUAGUUUUUCUAUACCCACCCUCUGUAUUAUUUCUCCUCUGUAGUGUGACUCCUGUUGAUCUUAUUCUCUAUUGAUUAAAGGUCGCACUGUAUGUCUUUGUGUGGUACUUCUCAAAACAAGGAACUGUAUGCUCAUGUUUGCCUUGGUAGUAACUCGAUUAUUCUGAACAAUGGAAACGGAAAGCUCGUGUGAGACACUUUUCAUGAUCACACCAAGCACUUGUUCAUCAAAUAAAUGCGCUUUUCCAUUCUGA